AUGAUGAACGCUGCAGGGCUCUCUGCCCGCCUUCCAUCGCGAGUUGCGAUCCCCGCAUUUCGUGCUCGACACUUUAGCUCCGGUCGCGCGAUGCUGAAGGAGAUUGAAGAGGCCUACAUCAUCAGCGCAUCUCGUACACCCACUGCCAAGUUUAACGGUUCCUUCGCUUCCGUGUCCGCGCCUGAGCUCGGUGCAGUGGCGAUCAAGUCUGCCUUGAGCAAGAGCAAGAUUCCAGUGGAGAAGAUCACUGAUGUGUACAUGGGAAAUGUGUUGCAGGGGUCGGUCGGACAAGCCCCUGCCCGGCAGGCGUCCAUGUUUGCGGGCUUGCCCUCCAGCGUUGAGUCGAUGACCGUGAACAAGGUCUGCGCCUCGGGUCUGAAGGCUGUUGUCCUUGCCGCUCAGAACAUUCAACUUGGCUUGGCGGAGGCCCAGGUCGCCGGUGGCAUGGAGAACAUGACGCGCGUGCCGUAUUACUUGCCUCGUUCUAGCCAACUGCCGCCGUUCGGUGAGAUCAAGCUAGAGGACGGUCUGAUCAAGGACGGUCUUUGGGACGUCUACAACAAAUUCCAUAUGGGAAUCUGUGCGGAGCAAACUGCUAAGAAGUACGAGAUCUCUAGGCAAGAUCAAGACGAGUAUGCCAUCCGUUCCUACCAGCGGGCCCAGGAGGCGUGGAAGGGGAACAAGUUUGCCGAUGAGAUCGCACCAGUGACAGUCAAGGGCAAGAAGGGCGAGACGAUCAUCGACCGGGAUGAGGGGUACGAGAACUUGCGCAUUGACAAGUUGACUACCCUGAAGCCCGCUUUCCUUCGGGAUGGAAGCGGCACUGUGACCGCGGGCAACGCUUCUACGAUGAAUGAUGGUGCAUCUGCCUUGGUGCUGGCUAACAAGGCUCUUGCCCGCGAGUUUGGCACUGGUGCCCGAGCGCUGGCCCGCAUUGUAUCCUCGGCCGACGCUGCCAUUGACCCGGUCGACUUCCCUGUCGCCCCCGCCAAGGCGGUUCCCAUCGCUUUGGAGCGCGCUGGAAUUACCAAGGACCAGGUCGCUGUCUGGGAAUUCAAUGAGGCCUUUGCAGCGGUCAUCAAGGCCAAUGAGAAGAUCCUCGGCCUGGAAGACGCAAAGGUGAACAUGCUUGGUGGUGCCAUCUCCCUUGGUCACGCUUUGGGCAGCUCUGGCUCCCGUAUUCUGGUCACACUCCUCCACCAGCUGAAGCCUGGCGAGUAUGGUGUGGCCGCUAUCUGCAAUGGCGGCGGUGCAGCAACCGCGAUGGUUGUGCAGAAGCUGGACCGUGUGGACUAG